AUGAAAAUUUGUCAAAAAUUGCUUCAAAAAUAAUUUAAAUCAAAGUUUCCUUUCAAAUAAUUUCCAAUAAUUAACGAGGUUUCAUUGAGAUAGUAUUUUUGGGGUUCCAAAUAGCCAUAAAUGCAAGCUAAACUUAUCGACAGUGAAUAGGAGUUAAAAAUUGAUAGGUACAGAGGAUAAUUAUAAGAUUUCAUUCAGAAUUUUGAGAAAUUUGAGGAAUACCUUGAGGAUACUCAAAAUAAAUUUGAUUUGAAGAAAGAUGUUCCAGUUUAAGGAUUCUGCACAGUUGAGGGAACUCAAAGAUUCAAACAAAGAGCUAGUACUUAAAAUGGCAGAUUAGGUUCAUAUCUGGGUGCUCCAGAUGAUGCAACUGAUUUUGAUCUUUAUAAUGCUAUGAAGCUAUUAGUUCUAAGUGGAGGAGUAAAUGUUAUUGACACAGCAAUAAAUUAUAGAUGCCAAAAGUCUGAAAGGACUUUUGGAGCUGCAUUGAAGACAUUAAUCAGGAAGUAUGGAAUAAAUCGAGAUGAAUUGUUUAUUUGCACUAAGAAUGGUUAUAUACCAAUCAAACCAGAGGAUGUGGCGAAUGGAAUACAUUGUAUGCAUCCUGCUUUUCUAGAGAACUAAUUUAAUUAAAGUCGAAACAACUUAGGAGUAGAAGCUAUUGAUUUGAUGUAUAUUCACAACUCUUAUGAGUCAUGGUCUCUUUAUUAUGGAAUGGCUACAUGGCUUUGCUUUAGAGGGAAACCUGAUGAAGAAAAAAUUAAUUUGAAUCUGCAAAAAUGCAUAGAAAUGGCUGAAUAAAUUGGAGGAAAGGAAAAUCAUAAUUUUAAGUUCAUUCAAGUGCCAAUGGGGGUAGCAAUGCCUGAAGCAUUUGUUGAAAAAUGGCAAGAAUUCCAUGAUCCGAAUUCAGCUAAUGCACAAAGCGAGUUAAAGAUUUUGGUGGCAGUUUGCAAUUUGCUUAAAAUGAACCUAAUUGCAAGCAAACCAAUAUUGGAAGGGAAAAUCGAAAGCACCACUAUUCCAUAAAUUACAAACAUAAAGGAUACUGUGGCUAAACAUCUUUAACUUGUGAGAUCAAUGCCAAUCAGAUGCCACAUUAGUACUCUAGUUGGAAUGAAAAAAAUGGAAAAUCUCAAGAAAAACUUUGAAGUGAUAAAGAAUGAGCCAUUAACGAAAGAAGAGUUUCUAAGGAUUAUGAAGUUGAAAUGA